AUGAAUUUGGAGGCAAUUUCUUGGAGGCAAAAGGAUAGAGAGAGGUGGAUUAAGGAGAGUGAUAGAAAUACAAAAUAUUUCCAUAGUUUGGCAAACUUUAGGAAGAAGAACAACUUUGUUGAGGAGUUGGAGUUUGAUGGGGAUACUGUCAGGGGUAAUGCUGUCUUGAAGGAGAAAGCUAAGGAUUACUUUACUAAGCUUUAUACAGAAGAGGAGGAAAGGAGACCGAGAUUGGAUGAGCUUCCUUUUAGGCAACUAUCGGCUGGCAGCAAGGAGGGAUUGGAGGUGCCGUUUAUGGAGGAGGAAAUUUUGGACUGUUUGAGGCAAUGCAAUGGUGACAAAGGCCCGAGACCAGACGGAUUCCAUAUGAAGUUUUUUCAAGAUUUUUGGGCUGUCAUUAAAUAUGAUAUCAUGGCUUUUUUUCAUGAUUUUCAUAGAACUAGGGCUUUUGUCAAACCUAUUAACGCAACUUUCUUGGUUAUUAUCCCAAAGAUUGUUGGAGCUUGUAAUAUAAAAGAUUUCAGACCGAUUAGCCUGGUGGAUAGUACUUAUAAAUUGAUCUCUAACAUUCUGGCUAAAAGAAUGUCCAAGGUUUUAGGCGAGGUUUUAUUUGGGAGAACCAAUGCAUUUGUGGAAGGAAGGCAAAUCCUUGAUGUUGUUAUGGUGGCUAAUGAGGUAGUUGAUGAUAUGAUGGGGCAGAAAAAAGAAGGUAUCAUUUGUAAAAUUGAUAUGGAGAAGGCGUAA